UUCCCGGGUACGUGGGAGGUGCCGGGCCCGCGCGCUCGGAGCUCGCACGGACGGAGCCACCGCGCUCGGUGCCCAGGGUGAGGGGCCGGGCCGGGCCGCGGUGCUUCCAGAAACAGCAUGUAUGAUUAGAUGCGUCACAGAUGUGUGAUUUCAGAAGAGGUUUGAUUGCUGAGACAGUCAUCUGGUGUCCCAGAAGAUGAAGUGCAACUGUGUCUCCCAAGUCCUCGGCAGAUUCUUCAGCUGCUGAUGAUGAAGAUUCUGUCACAUGUCGAUUACAAAAGAUCCAGGACAGAAGCAGGUCUUCACUGGAAUUAGUUUUUAGCUACUUAUGAAGUUCCUGAUUUUAAGCUGGUGCUAUUGCAAUGAAGAAAAGGAGAAGGAUUACUGCAAAUCUAAAUGAGAAAAUACAUCUUGGUCAUGAGAGAGAUGCUUCGGAUCGGAUCCUUGUAGUAGACUGUGAACAAGAAAUCAUCACUAAGUCUGGAUUGGCGUCUACAGACCAGCUUGAAUGCACUCAAGAAGUUCCUCCAUCACCAGAACAAAGAAAGCUGUUCAGCUCGCUGCAGUAUAACAAAAAUCUUCUUAAAUAUUUAAAUGAUGAUAGACAGAAGCAUCCAUCUUUCUGUGACUUGCUCAUAAUAGUAGAAGGAAAAGAAUUUAGUGCGCACAAAGUUGUUGUUGCUGUUGGCAGCAGUUAUUUUCAUGCUUGUUUGAGCAAAAACCCCAGCACAGAUGUUGUCACACUGGACCAUGUAACACAUUCUGUCUUUCAACACUUGCUAGAAUUUCUGUACACCUCUGAGUUCUUUGUAUAUAAAAAUGAAAUCCCUUUAGUUUUGGAAGCAGCAAAAUUUUUAGAUAUUAUAGAUGCAGUCAAACUGCUGAAUAAUGAGGAUGUUGCCCCCAUACAGUCUGAAGUAGUAACUGAAACCCCAAUACCAGCUGAGACUCUCAAUGAUCUGACUAGUAAGCUAUCAAAUAGUCAUCAGUGCACUUUUUGUGGUCGAAAUUUCUGUUAUAAAAAGUCCUUAGAAAACCACUUGGCUAAAGCGCACCGAUCCUUUUCGUUGGAAAAAAACCAUGGGUUAAAAAUGGUUGAGAGAGCAGACUUUUCUACCAGAAGAUCUACCAGAAAUCGUAAAUGCCCAGCCAAAUUUGAUAACAGUGAUAAUGAAAGUGGUGAUGUAUCUGACAGCAAUUUUGAUAAAGUCAGUUCUGACAAGGAAACAUCUGAUAAAAAUGAGUUUGAUGAUAGUGGAAGUGAGUACAAUGUAGAUGAAGCACAGGAAGAAGAAAUGUCAGGUGAAGACUCUGAGACUGAAGAGCAAAGUGAAAAAGAACAUGGAGCUGAAGAGAGUCCUGAGCCAGUUGAUUCUAUAGGAAGUAUUCCUGAAGGGUUAGCUCCAGUAAUGAUUCAGAGCAGUAGUAAAAAACUACUUCAGUGUCCCAAGUGCGACAAAACAUUCGAUCGAACAGGCAAAUAUGAGAGUCACACACGUGUGCACACAGGUGAAAAGCCCUUUGAGUGUGAUAUUUGUCAUCAGCACUACUCAACAAAAUCCAACUUGACAGUUCACAGAAAGAAACACAACAGUAAUACAGAAUUUCAUAAAAAGGAACACAAAUGUCCAUACUGUAAUAAACUGCAUGCAAGCAAGAAGACCCUAGCAAAACAUGUCAAGAGGUUUCAUCCAGAGAAUAUACAAGAAUUUCUUUCGAUCAAAAAGACGAAGAGCGAAGGCUGGAAAUGCGAUAUUUGUAAGAAAUCUUUUGCUCGAAGACUCCAUUUAGAAGAACAUAUGAUUCUUCACUCUCAGGAUAAACCUUUCAAGUGUACCUAUUGUGAAGAGCACUUUAAAUCCCGGUUUGCAAGAUUGAAGCAUCAAGAGAAAUUCCAUCUUGGACCUUUCCCAUGUGAUAUUUGUGGUCGUGAGUUUAAUGACACAGGAAAUCUGAAACGUCAUAUAGAAUGUACUCAUGGAGGAAAGAGAAAAUGGACAUGUUUUAUCUGUGGAAAGUCAGUAAGAGAAAGAACAACUUUGAAAGAACAUCUGAGAAUUCACAGUGGAGAAAAACCUCAUCUUUGUAGUAUUUGUGGGCAGAGUUUUCGUCAUGGAAGUUCCUACAGACUUCAUCUAAGAGUCCACCAUGAUGACAAGAGGUAUGAAUGUGAAGAAUGUGGGAAAACAUUUAUUCGGCAUGACCACCUGACAAAACACAAAAAAAUACACUCAGGUGAAAAGGCGCAUCAGUGUGAGGAGUGUGGAAAAUGCUUUGGCCGUAGAGACCACCUCACUGUACAUUAUAAAAGUGUUCAUCUAGGAGAGAAAGUAUGGCAAAAGUAUAAAGCAACGUUUCAUCAGUGUGAAGUUUGUAAGAAAAUUUUUAAAGGAAAAUCAAGUCUGGAAAUGCAUUUUAGGACGCAUUCGGGUGAGAAACCAUACAAAUGUCAGAUUUGCAAUCAAUCCUUUAGAAUUAAGAAGACAUUAACAAAGCACAUGGUUAUUCAUUCAGAUGCUCGACCUUUUAAUUGUCAACACUGCAAUGCAACAUUUAAACGAAAAGACAAAUUGAAAUACCAUAUUGAUCAUGUGCAUGGAACAAAGGCUGCAGAAGAAACACUGACUACUACUUCUGAAGAAAAGCUUGUUUCUUUGCCAGUACAGUACCCAUCUGAUGAAAAGGUUUAUGAAACUGAGGCUAAACAGUACAUUGAACAGCCCAAAGUAUACCAAACAGAAGCCAAAACUAUGCUACAGAAUGUAUCUGCAGAAGUGUGUGUGCCAGUCACGCUGGUUCCAGUUCCAAUGUCUGAACCUCAAGCUGACUUAGUACAGCAUACUGCUACUCUCGCAUCCCAGUCACAUGGAAUUCUUCCUCCACAGACUCAGCAGUCAGAUUAUCAACGAGCAACAGAUUUGGCAUUUCUUGAGAAAUACACUCUUACUCCCCAGCCUGCAAACAUAGUUCAUCCUGUCAGACCUGAGCAGAUGUUGGAUCCUAGAGAUCAAUCAUACCUUGGAACUUUAUUGGGGCUUGAUACAGCUCCAGCUGUACAGAAUAUUUCAAAUGAACAUUCAUGAUCAGACCAUAACAUUCCACCUACUUACUAAGCCGUUAGCAACUGGAAAUUUUGUAUUUUAUUUGGUCUCCUGAGUCUUCUAAAUAGUUUUGUUAAAUGCAAAGAAAAACAGAUUUUUUUUUUGUAUAAUAUUAGACAUUUAGACAUGCUUUGCAUUUGAAAAUGCAUUUCUUGUGGCUUAAUUUUUUUUUUUAAUCAUGGAGAUAAUCUUUUUUUUUUUUUUUAAAUGAGCUAUCAAAUAUCUUUUGAAGAUAUUAAGUACAAAAAAGUUUAACUGCAUAUCUGUUCAAUAAUAAUAACCAAUCGCCUAUCAGCAUCUUUCUUUCCAGAUAAACCUUUUUGUAUAUGUUGGAAAGCUUAGAGGUUAAGGAUAAUUUUCCUAAUUGGAGAACAGCAUGAAGCCAAAACGUUUUAAUAACCCCACAGCAUAAACUAAAGUUUAACUUCAACUGAAAGAAACCUUGGCUUCAUUUAGUUGCUGUAAUUAUUUGUAUCUGAAUACUGAAUUUAGAAAUAUGGGACUUUAAGCAUGUUGUUUUUGUUUAUUCUUUAAACAGGUCAAUCAUUCAGAAUUUUAAGCACAGUUUCUUUCUUGCUUCUUUAAUCUUGACUCAUUCUGUUAAAAUGGUAUUAUUAAAUUUCAGGAUAUGGGAUUUAUAAGAUUGAGGGACAUGGUGCACAAGAUCAUUGAGGCCAGAAUCAAAGAGCUGAAGGUCUAAUUGACAUGCUUAUUUCCACAUUGCUACAAUGUAAAGUAUUUAAAAGGAUUUUUAGAGUAUAUUUUAAUAUAAUUAAUGAAAUUACUAAUUAUAAAUCUUCAAUUCACUCAUAAGAAAGUAGUUUUGGUUUUGUAUUUUCUAUAUUUAUAUAUAUUCCAUAGGUGUUAAUUAAAAGAAUUAGGAGGAAUUAGUUUAAAACAUUCAGUGGAUUCAAUAAUUUUCACUUUCUUCACUAGUUCCUUUUUUCUACUGUAAAAUCAUAUCAAGAUUUUAAAAAACUAGAUUAAUUUAAAUAUGAAGCCCCUUGCACUGAUUUUUCUUAGGCCUCUGGCAUCUAUUUAGUUGUGUAACUGGGAUGUGACAAAUUCUAACCCCCAAAUUGCCAGAUAUGAAUGGCAGGAUGUAUGAUUCUUUUUGAAUUUGGGAUAAAAUUUGUAAGAUUGGUAAAAUUUGUAAGAUCCCAAUUUCAUGACUUUUGGCAUGUGGGGUGCUUUGCAUUGGGGAUCCAACUUGCAUGUCUAGCUUUUCAAAGGGUAUUGCAGGAAGUGUGGCAUGAGGGAACAGGUUUCAUGUGCACUGGCACAUUUAAAGUCCUGUAGUGUAGCCCAUGUGCCAUGGGUUUACAGGUGCUGGUGCAGAGGGAGCUGAUUGGCUCCUCAUACCUCAGUAUUUGAAAACCUCUGCUGGACAGCAUAUAGACUUGCACACAAGGGCUUGAAACGUGCUAGUGCAGGGGAGUCCUCUGGCUUUCCCCGCCAUGUCAGCACCUGUUAAAAGCCCUGCUGUGUAGCCUGCAUGCCAGGAUGCACACUGAGGCUGGAAACGUGCUGGUAAAUUGGGAGUCUAUUGACUCUCUGUGCUCUGACAUCCUUAAAUACCCUGUUGUGCAGCUUUGUAUAUGGGGUUGCAUAGCAAGGCCUAACAUGCCACCCAUUGAAAUUAAAACAUUGCACAAACCAGCCACAAAGAUGUCCCACAUUAAAUGGGGAACAUUUUUGUGGAUGGUUUGCCAUCUCCUAAUACACUAAUGGGCUGAAUGUGUGGCUUGAUACAAUUUAUCAUGGGAUUGACGCAGUUGUACAAUACAUAUUAUGUCUGCCAGGGGCCUAAGACUUAAUUUCCAAAACGAUCCUUUCUAGAUUUGGCCAAGCAUAUGCCAAAGGAAAUAAGUAAAAAAAUUAUAUAUACUUGCUUAAGUAUACUUCACUAGGGAUUGUAUUUUAUGUUAAAACCUUUCUACUUCCAAAAAUGGUUAUUUUCUCUUAACAUUUUUAUAAUUUAUAUUCCAAUUUUUAAAACGUGGGACUGGAAGGUCACUUAUAAUGAGUUGCUGUUAAAUUUCUCUUAAGUGGUCUGAGCACGUAAUGGUCCAUGAAAAAUGUUUUUUUCAGCACCCUAAUACAGACUCGCAGCUGCACUAAUUGGUAAACUGCUUACCACUAAUGAGAUCUUGAAUUCCCUUAAUUCUUAUAUCCUUGCAGAUUGCUAAACUAUUGAAUACUAAGGGCAAAACUAGCUAUUUGAAGUUAGUUACCCAAUGUGAUUCUUAUCUAAAUAUACCAAAGAUUUCUGUUAGCUGUUGAAUAGUGGUAGAGUACAUACGACUUAAAAUGUAUCAACAAUUUAAAUAAGGACUUGUCCAAAGAAGCACAAUAGAAGUCCUGGAUUUAUUGAUCUUUAAAACUGAGCUCAUAAAAAAGGACUAAAUGUGUGUAACUGUUCGGUGUUUAUAUCUGUGAAGCAAGAAUUAGAGAGAGAUAGAAACUCUGGGAUUAUUCAGAGUGAUGUGCUGUAAAUAUAUUUGGUGAGAAGCUGAGUAAUAAUUAACCUACAGCAAUAAUCAGGGUAUUGAAUGCUGUCUUCUGAAAGAACACUAUCUAAUAUUGUCCCUUGUGUACACCUCUACUCCCUACACUGACAAUAAAAUGACCACUACUCAGUGACUUGAAUGUAACACAGUUUGAAUUUUUCAUAUUGAGAGGCAUUCAUUUUCACCUUUGUGCACCUGUAACAUUGUUUGUGGGAUAUGAACCAAUAUGACUUCCAAAAUUUUUACUUGUAUGAUCAAGGACAAACUGCCAUGAGUGAUGUUAGCACAGUUCUGAGACUAAGACUUUCUAACUUAUUUUUUCAGACCUUUUGUUCCUCAUUAACAGUGAAAAUGUUACAGAGUGGCUUAAAGAACUUAGCAGCUAAGUAUUCGUUCUUUUAAAACAAAUCCAAUUAGUGUGGAAGACACUUAAGUUGUUUAAAUGUCAAAAUAGGUUGAAUUUGGGGCAUACAUUACUUGAUAAUAUCCUUUUUAUAUCUGUCAUAAUUGUGCCUUUUUAUACAUUCUGCUUACUGAGUGAGGCUCUAGAUUGUUCUAGUAAAUGUCAUGGCCAAUAUUUUUAAGUGCCUAGUUCUUGGGUAUCCUAAAGUGUCCUGUUUUAUUCAGAAAGUGAUGAGCAACCACACUCUGAGGUUUGAUAUACAAAAUCAUUAGGCACUCUUAAAAUAUGUGGCCAAAUAGUUCUUCAGUGUGUUUUAAUCACAUUUAAUGAAACUAGUUUGCAUCUUUACCUGCUGGUCAGGCUGGAUCAUUGCCAGUGAAAGAAGAAAAAUGUCCAUCUAAGAAAACUUAGUGUUAAACAUUAACAUGUUUUUUUUUUUAGUUGUUUUUUCUUCCCUUUUGUUCUUUUUCUUUAAUCAUGAGCUUUGAUUCAUAUGGUUUUCGAUACAGUGAAUUCACCUGUAAACCAAGAAAAUCUCUGUAAGUAUAAAUAGUUCCUCACCUCCUGAUGACUUCUUGUGAUGAUAAUAGGGCUUGGAUUAUGAGAGAGAGAUCCAUCUGAACCAUUACAACUUCAGAGAUCAAAACUCCUUAGCUAUAUAAAUUCUAUCCGUAGACACUUGUACGUGUACCUAAAUAGAGCAUGGUCUAUGAACCUGAAGAGAGAUUUCAAAUUUGGUAAGAUUGACUCAGCUGACAAUUUACUGUUGAAGAUGGAAGAAGGUCUAUUAAAACAUUUCUCAAAGCAUUCUCUUCUAAGCAAUGCCAAAUGUUCAGAAAUUUGAUAUUUCACACAAAAAAACCCCAACUUUAUGAUUCAACAUAGGAUACAUUAUCAAUUCCUGAAAGACUUAGGUAAUAUUUUCUUAAAAUCUCAGGCUCCUAUAUGGUUCUGUAGAAUUUACUUCAUUCAUCCUUCCUUAAAUACUGACUAUAUUAAAACAAACCAACCCUCUUAUUAAGAUGAUGCCUUUUAUUGUAAUGUUGCUAGUAUUUCAAGAUGAUGAUAUCUUUAAAUGGAUGUUAUAUUCAGCUUUAUUUAUUUUAGAAAUCCUUUCUUGAGCACUGGCACUUUCCAUCAUAUUCCCAUGCACUCCUUAUUCCUAGUGUCAGCUGUAAUAGUGGUGUUGCUAAAUAUUGGAUCACUUAUAUCCAAAAGUAAAUAUUACUUGUAAUUUAGGUCAUAAUUUGGAACUGUAUUUUUAAAAUAGUGUUGCAAAUACAUAUGAGUAACAAAGGAUAUACAUUGAACUUGUAUGCUGUCGUGAAAAAUUGGAGUAAUUGUCCAGGUGACAUGGAUCCAAAAUGCAGUGCGUUGGACAAAGGCAGUAACCUCUUCAGAAGGUAUUGGAGCAGGUAUGGAGCCAAAUAACUACUGGUUAGAAUUUCAUGUAGAAUGAUGGUGAAUCCUGAGAAUAUUGUUGCAGUUCAGAGGGGUUGGUUUUUUUCUUCCAAAAGAAACAAAGUUAGUUUUAAAAGGCUAAACAAUCCUAAACAAGUUUCUUGAUCAUCACUGUAUAAUAACUUCAGGAUUGCAUGUUCUAGAUUUGCAAUGCCUGAGGGUAAAAAGAAUAUACAUGAGUAUCCUUACAAAUACUGUCGUUUUUAACCUUAAUUACAAGGUCAGGAGCAUUUUGCUUAUGUUACCAGAGAUCUCUUAAAUAAGGAAAAAUACUGCCAAAAACCACAACAGAUACUUUGGUCAAGCCCGCAGCUGUAUUUUUUCUGUACUUUACAGUGAAUAUUCUGGUAUAAAGGGAUUAGAUGCAUUAAUGGUGACAGUAUUUUCAAAUUGUUCGGUAUUCCCUCAAAUAAUUUUGCUUAUUCUCAAGUUUUAAUAAAGGUAAAGGUAAGAAAACAAACUAUUUUGUUACUGGUAAAUGAAAUCAUGUUUUAGUGUGGUCUGUAUAGGCUGAUGUUUUUAGAUGGCAGUCUUAAGUACAGUUGUCUUUUUUAAACAAAAUUCUCUUUGUUGUAAGGAACAGGAAGUGUAAAUGUAGAAAUAUUCAGUCCUCUGUGUAAUAUUGUUUAGUAAAAAAAAUUGUAAAGUUCUUCUGUCCAAAUGUUGCUUGCUUUAAAAAGGUUUCUUGUAGGGGUGAUUUCUGCUCUAGAUUGAAUUGAUGUAAGAGCAUGGAAGUGCAGUAUUCUGCAUGUGUCUCAGUUUCAAAGAUCAUGAAAGAUGACAAGAAAAAAUUUUUGGCAGUUUUUGUCAGACUUGUGGAUGUCUCAUGGUUUUGCAUUUUAUUUUUAAACAUUUUGUAAAUUAAAUUUAUUUAGAAAAACA